CAAAUCGACACUUAAGCUUGGAAACGCAGGUAAAAGAUACUCUUUACUAACACAUAUUCGAAGCACUCGAAAUUCAAGGAACAUAUAAUCCAGCAUGUCUAACCAGCAAUACUAUGGCGCCGGAGGGCCGACUCAGCAGUACGGGCAGAAUGCCAACCUGCAACAUUCAGGCCCAAAUCAGCACUACGAUGCAAGCUCGAAUGCAGCGUACACGAGCCAGCAGACUUCAACUACUGCAGGACAUCAGUACAGCACCCCUGGUGGGCCACCUGGGCAAAGACCUUUGCAGCGAACAGAUACGGAUGCAGCGUUGCCACAGGGUCGGGAGCGAUCUGAGCAGUUGGAAUAUAUGCAAAGCUAUGAGGCACGCGCACAGCAAACAGACGCGGAUAAAGACCAAGAGAUAUUGAGGAAAGAGUUUCCAAAUGUGGAUUCGAGCUUGAUUGCAGCUCUAUACGCCGACUCAGAGAGUCUUAGUGCUACAAGGGAAAUGUUGCAUGAGUUAAGCUCAAACUAGUCGACGUGGCUAAAGAUACGUAGACACACUGGCAGCUUAUAUCCAUCACAGGCUUUGACAUGGUGCGUAAAUAAUUAUUGAAGCGAAAAGUAUAUGGCAGACGCUUUAAGCGAAACAAGUAGAAACAUUUUUUCAAAGUUGAAAUGCAUAUCAAGAAUCAACAGGAAAUGCUACUUUAAACAGCGACUGUGCUGGUAUCCCACCUCGUUUCUUCGGAUUUCUUAGUUUUCUGCAGCGCUACGGC